AUGCAAGCAAGUCAGAAAGCAGAGCUUGAACAGCAGCAAUUAUGGUGUGAUAUUGACAGCAAGUGGCAGGAGCUGGUUUUGUUGAUGCAGAAAAGAACCUUCUCUGCUCUCACUAAGAGAGUGAUUGAAGAAUCAGUUUCUAAAGCUAAUCAAUCUGGCUGGGUUCCAAUGAAAUACAAGUUUAGAAAUGGUGAAUGA